AUGCAAACACGCCUUCUUUGUUUGGCAGCCCUGCUGCUCCCACAGUAUGGACUGGCAGCCGAUGACCAAGUAGGAGCGAAGAUCGACUACGGCACAUUCGAGAAUCCCGCCGCUAGAGUUCGUCCUCGCUUUCGUUACUGGCUCCCAGAUGCCAGUGUAGAUCCGGCUAUUGUUCAAAAGAAUAUCAAGGAGGCCGGUAUAAAUGGUGCUGGAGGCGUGGAGUUUCUUCCCUAUUAUGACUAUGGUAAUACUGUCCCAGGUGCGGAUUGGGUCACCUAUGGAUUUGGGACGCCCGCGUUCGUCAAGAUCUUCAAAGCUGCCCUCCAGGCUCAUAAAGAUGCUGGUUUGGUGAUGGACUUCCCUUUGGGACCGAAUCAGGGACAAGGCGUACCAGCGAGUCCCGAUGAUGAAGGGCUCCAGUGGGACUUAUCUACAGCGUCGAUCGCCGUUCCUCUGAAUGGAUCAUUUCAUGGACAGCUCCCUGGCUGGGGCACUGGAGAGCUGGUAGCAUUGGUUUCAGCUCAAGUGUUAUCGAGUCGAAAUAUCUCGAAUCCUACAAAUAGCUUGAUUCCUGGCAGUGAAGUUCAGCCCGGCGCUGUACAGUAUGUGUUAAAGAAUUCAACCUUGCAAGAGUGGUCACAGAACGUUACGUCCAUGGGAGAGGUGAACCUGAGUUUUCCUAAGACAGGCGGCCAGGGAUAUAGGCUAUUUGCCUUCUACCAACGCCGGACGUUACACCAAAAUGUACCGAGUACUUCUAACAUGUCGGGGACAAUCUUCAACGGUGGAUCAUAUGCUGUUGACCAUUUCAGUGCGAGGGGUGCGGAAACUGUUACUCGAUUCUGGGAUGAGUAUAUCCUUGAAGAUGAGGUCAAACAGAUGCUCGUUGCAGUCGGUAAUUAUGGCUGGGAGGAUAGCAUGGAGAUCAAGUCAAAUGUGUCCUGGACGCCGGAUCUUCCUAACAUCUUCCAGAAGAAGCAUGGCUACAACAUUAAGAAAUAUCUGCCACUUAUAAUUUACAAGAAUAACAACAUCGGUAUACAAUCGACCGCCCCUGGUACUAUCCAGUGUCUGCUAGAUACUCCCGAUCAGGGGAGUGGGUAUAUCAACGACUAUCGGUCUGCGUUAGUGGAAGGGUACAGGGCAUAUUUGCAGGGGUUGACACAAUGGGUGAAUGGCAUGAAUCUCCAAUACUCUUCCCAAGUGGGAUACAACCUCAAUAUCGAUGUACUAGCAAAUGUUCCAGAUGUGAAUGCGCCGGAAUGCGAAAGUCUGGCAUUCAGUGACAGCGUCGAUGGAUAUCGUCAAUUCGUUGGACCCGCAACUCUCGCCGGCAAACGUGUCAUCUCCAAUGAAAUGGGUGCAGUCGUCGACAAGGCAUACCAGCAUCCAGUUACAGCGCUUUUGUGGGAGAUUGGUCGGGCUGUUGCUGGAGGUGUCAACCAGUUCGUCCUUCACGGACAGACAUUCUCCGGAAACUAUGUCGGUACAACGUGGCCGGGUAAUACACCAUUCUACUAUCUUUUCUCUGAAUUAUAUUCUGAAAAACAGCCUUCUUGGAACCAUGGCUUUUCGGAGGCGUUGAAUUAUGUGGCCCGACUGCAGUAUACGCAGCAGAAGGGACAGUCUAAAGUCGAUGUAGUUAUCUAUAACAAGGACUCGGCUACUGAUGCACAGUUCGGGACGAUUUAUAACGAGACCGAUCUGAUUGAGGAAGGUUUCACAUACCUUUAUCUCUCGCCCGAUAACUUUGCUUUGCCACAGGCUCGUGUUGAGAACAGCACACUCGCCCCCAAUGGCCCCGGAUUCCGUGCAAUGAUCAUUCCCAGUUCAGGUAACCUCACAAUCGAAGCAGUGAGACAUAUCAAGAGGUUCGCUCGUAAUGGUUUGCCUGUGAUCCUGUCCGGUGGGCUACCAAAUGCGUUCUACACAGGGGACGGAAACACAGACAGUCUCAUGAAGGAGAUAUCUUCCUUGAAAGAAGUGCAAAACGUCCACAUUGUAUCUUCUGGCCAAGCAUCCAAACAGUUAAAAUCGCUAGGGAUUGUGCCGCGGGUACAGCUGCAAACUAGUGGCACGUGGUAUUCUACAUGGCGCUCUGACGCGGAUGGCGUCGACUAUCUUUUCGUCUUGGGUGAUACAGUGGAUACUGUUGGUAGUGUAAGUGUUGCCACGGCAAAGCGCCCAUAUGUCCUCGAUCCUUGGGCUGGGAGCCAAACUCCCGUGCUUGAGUACCAAGAAAAUUCUGGCCGAACUAUAGUGCCCCUUCGUCUUGCUGCGAACCAAACGGCUAUCAUUGGCUUCAGCGGCACGCCCAGCAACACUUCACUAUAUGCUACUCAGGUACCAUCCUCAGUCGUUGGCUACAAGUACGGCAACCGAACAAACAAUGUCCAAUUGCACGUCUCGUCCGGUUCAACCGACCAGACUCUGAGCUUAUCCAACGGGAAGACCAUAUCCCAACUAACGACCAAGGAUCCUGCCCCAGGAUACCAGCUCACCAACUGGACCCUAACAGUCGAACAUUGGGAACGCCCAGACAAUCUAUCCGACGCAACAAUAAUCGCAGUCAAGCACAACACAACCCACGAACUCACCUCACUCAUCUCUUGGCAAGAAAUCCCCAGUAUCGCCAACGCCUCCGGGGUUGGCUACUACACCACAACCAUACCAUGGCCCCCAACAAGCAAAACAGCAGAUGGAGCCUACCUAUUCCUCCCGCAGACCGCAAACGCAGCCCGUGUCUAUGUGAAUGGCCAUAGACUCCCAGCUUUCGAUUUCCAGGCACCGAAACUUGACCUCAGUGCCUACCUCGUCUCCGGGGAGAAUGAAUUGACUGUAGAGGUACCGUCGACUAUGUGGAAUUAUCUUCGGACCAUGUUGGGUGAGCUUUACUCGGCUGGUUCAUUACCCCAGCUCGAGGGGUCGGGUCCCGACCCGGUUGAUAAUGGGUUAAUUGGGGUGGCGAGCGUUGUGCCUUUUGUUAGUGUUAGCCUUAAUUUGUCUUGA